GUAGCACACCGCCUGGCCUCAUCUGGCGGCAGGCACGACGCGUCUUGUCACCCCGCGCGUCGGCCGAAAAGAGACAUAUGGAGAGAUCAACAAUUUCUGCAAUUCCACACACCCCGGCCAUAUCGUUCGACAGCAGUCUUCAAGCGGGAAAUACGCGAUGGAUUCUGGCUAUGGAAAUUACACCACCACCUCGUAUGGAGGGCAAGGUGGCAUGGGUGGUGGUGGAGGGUUUAUGCCUGGCGAGAUGAACAGCCCUGCCGCAGGAAGGCAAGAGAAAAACCACACUCUCCGCCCCGUAACAAUCAAACAACUACUUGAAGCUUCUCAAACCCACCCGGAGGCCCCAUUCCAGAUCGAUGGUGCUGACCUAGGCUACGUAUUAUGCGUCGGUCAAGUACGCAACAUCUCCACACAAAGCACGAACGUGACAUACAAAAUCGAUGACGGCACGGGCGAAAUAGAAGCCAAGAAAUGGAUCGAGUCGGCACCUGUAGGCGGCGAUGAUAUGGAUCUUGACGGGCAAGGGGCCGAUAAACAGAAUGCGAAGAAAAAGAUUGAAGUGACUGGAUAUGUCAAGGCUUUUGGCACGGUCAAGGUCUUUGGGAAUAAGAGAUAUCUAGGUGCGCAUUCUGUGCGUCCCUUGACCGAUAUCAAUGAGCUUAAUGUGCAUUUCCUCGAGGCGACUGCUGCACAUCUCUUCUUUAAGCAUGGACCUCCUCCUCCCAAGACUGAGGGUGGUGCUGCUGCUGGCAAUGCGUACGGUGCAGUUGAGAAGGGUGCGGGUAACAACGCCGGCGGGGGCCCGCAACUUCCACCACACUUGUCUGCCACGGCACGACGCGUUUACAAUAUGUUGAAGAACGAGCCGCAGAGUAAUGAGGGGCUACACAUGCAGAACAUAUCCGCCAAAUUGAACCUGCCAUCGACAGAUGUCAUAAAGGCUGGUAAUGAGCUGUUAGGAGAUGGAUUGAUCUUCUCGACGGUGGACGAAUAUACAUGGGCUAUUCUGGAAUUUUAAAUGUAUUAACUCUGCUUCUCUUUUCUUUAUGCUCUCGAUGGGCUAAAGUUGAUGUGUUAUGAUAUGGUAUUAUCAAAGGGCCCAGGCCACUCUCUGGGCACAUGUUAGGUUGAUGUAGUCUAAUAAAAGAAAUGAUAGAUAGCUCCAGUUGAUGUCAUCUUGACCGU